UUUUUUCCAGGUAACGAGUUCUGUGAUUAGUCUAAAGAGAAGGACAGGUGCGGUGAACACCUGAUUUGCUUUCUGCACAAAAAAUGCAUUCAAAGAAUUUCAUGAUUGCACUAUUUCAAAUUAUUCUAAUUCGUUGACCAGCACCUGUAUGUGAUGAGGUAGUCGUUUUUAUAAUUUCAUAAUAAGACAUAUUUUUAAUACUUUAGUUUUAGACUAUUUAAUGAAUUUUAGUUCAGUAUUUCAAGCACUGUUAGUUUUGUGUCAGGGUUUGUUGUUGCUGGUGUCAAUUUAUUAUUUAUUUUUUCAAUAUAAAAAGAUUAAUUAUCUUUUAUUAAACCAUAAGAGUUUAGACACUGUUCUGAAUAUUGAUAAAAAUUCUAAAUUGAAUCAGAUAAAUCAACUGAGUAGAUUUGUAGAACUUGUAUUUUAACAGGUGGUUCAAAAACAAAUAAUUUAAUUAAACAUUUUACAUUGUUAAAAUAGCGGGAAUUAAGCUGUAUAAGUAGAAAAAUCCCAUUCCAGCCUCCAUGAGCUCUUUUGGGUUAACCCCCGCCAAUCUCAAGUUCUGAUAUUUGCUUGUUUAUAUGAUUCAACUGAUAAAAAACACAGAUACUACAUUAUAAAAUAAACUGCUGAUGUGUAAAAUCUUGUGUAUAAAUAUAAAUAUAAUGUGUCAAAAAAUGUUAAAUAUUGUAAAUAUAUAAAUAUAUAUACCAGCUUGGUCAGUGUGCAGUUUUGUACACCAUGGGAGGUGGCUUUUAAAGUGUUCAUAUCAAUAUCGGAAAUAUAUUGCAUCAACCUUCAAUAAGAAAUAUAUUGUAAUAUAAAAUUUUACCCAUAUUUUCCUAGCUGGAAAGCAAAGAAGUUCAUGGUUUUACAGGUAAAAAAGGGAUGAGAAUGCCUCUAUUCAUGCUAGUGGGAAUACUGACUUAUUUUUUAUAUUUCAUUAAAAUAGCCAGGUAGCUAGCAGGCCAAACACCAGGCACUUGCCUAGACUGUGCAGAGACCUCAUCUGAAACUGAUUAAUCUCUGCAGAGAAAUGAUAAAGUGAUUUUCUGAACGUGACCAUAUUCAUCUAAUCAUUUCUACCACUAUAACAUAGGCUACAUUACUAUAACAGAGACACAGAGACAUACCAUGAUGAGCAUAUAACGUUUUAGUAAGUUAAUAAGUUCUAUUCUUUAAACAUUUAAACUUGUGUUUUUGCAAAUGAAUAUCUAAUAUCAUAAGUUUAUAAGCAGAUAUUAGAGGGCAAUCAUUUUUUGCCUGGAAAAAUGAAAAAUGAUGACAAGUGAACACAACAAGAGGGUUAAACAUCAGGCUGAAAUCUGCUGUGCUAUAAUAAGACUGAAUUACUCUCUACAUUUGUCCUACUUUGCAAGAUUCUUUUCCAUUUUAAUUGAAAAUUUCUUUCCAACUCUUUUCUCUCGCUCUCUCCACCUCCUUCUGUCUGACUCUCCAGUAAACAGAGAACCAGGAAGAGACUCCUGAUCACUUCAGAGAAAACGAAACUCUCUCUCUCUCAGUCUGUGAGAGCAGGAAAAUGGCAGAGGUCAGUAUUUUAGAUCAGGAUCAGUUCAGCUGUUCAGUCUGUCUGGAUCUACUGAAGAAUCCAGUAGCUAUUCCCUGUGGACACAGUUACUGUAUGGUGUGUAUUAAUGGCUGCUGGGAUCAGGAGGAUCAGAGGGGGGUCUACAGCUGCCCCCAGUGCAGAGAGACGUUCACUCCGAGGCCUGUUCUACGCAGAAACAACAUGCUGGCUGAAGUGGUGGAGAAACUGAAGAAGACAGAAGUCCGAGCUGCUUCUCCUGCUCACUGUUACGCUGGAGCUGGAGAUGUGGAGUGUGAUUUCUGUACUGGGAGGAAACGUAAAGCCAUCAAGUCCUGUUUGGUGUGUCUGGCUUCUUACUGUGAGACUCAUCUCCAACCUCACUAUCAGUCUCCUGCCUUUAAGAAGCACAAGCUGGUCAAAGCCUCCAAACAGCUGCAGGAGAAGAUCUGCUCUCAGCAUGAUAAACUGAUCGAGAUCUACUGUCGUACUGAUCAACAGUUUAUCUGUUAUUUAUGUACGAUGGAUGAACACAUGGGUCACAGUACAGUUGCAGCUGUAGCAGAAAGGAAAGAGAAGCAGAGUGAAGUGAAAGAUAUGCAGAAGAAAUUCCAGCAGAGAAUCCAGGAGAAACAGAAGAAGCUGCAGGAGGUGAAACAGGCUGUGAAAACUCUUAAGCUCUCUGCACAGUCAGCAGUGGAGGACAGUGAGAGGAUCUUUACUGAGCUGAUCCGCUCCAUUGAGAAAAAGCGCUCUGAGGUAACAGAGCUGAUCAGAGAUCAGGAGAAGACUGAACUGAGUGCAGCUGAAGAACUCCUGGAGCAGCUGGAGCAGGAGAUCACUGAUCUAAAGAGGAGAAACACUGAGCUGGAGCAGCUUUCACACACAGAGGAUCACAUCCACUUCCUCCAGAGAUUCCAGUCUGUGAGUGUCUCUUCUGGAGGUGAAGAUUCACCCAGCAUCACUGUCCAUCAUCAUCUCUCAUUUGAUGGAGUGAGGAAAUCUCUCUCUGAUCUGAAAGAGCGACUGGAGGAAUUCUGCAGGAAGGAAUUCAGUAAAAUCUCUCCACAGGUUUCAGCAGUUCAGAUGAUUUUACCCUCAGAACCAAAGACCAGAGGAGACUUUCUACAGUAUUUCUGUCGACUGACUCUGGAUCCAAACACAGUAAAUCAGAACCUCAGUCUGUCUGAGAACAACAGAGUGGGGGAGUGCAUUAAUAAACAGAGUUACUCUGAUCAUCCAGAGAGAUUUGACUGCUGGAAGCAGGUGUUGAGUAAGGAGAGUGUGAGUGGACGCUGUUACUGGGAGGUUGAGUGGAGCAGUCCUGGGGGAUAUGUGUACAUAUCAGUAUCAUAUAAAGGGAUCAGCAGGAAAGGAUGGGGUAAUGAAUGCAGGUUAGGACACAAUGAUCAGUCCUGGAGUCUGCAGUGUUCUCCCUCUCUCUCUUUCUGGUACAACAACACUGAGACUAAGAUCUCAGCUCCUCCAUCCUCCAGAAUAGGAGUGUAUGUGGAUCACAGUGCAGGAACUCUGUCCUUCUACAGCGUCUCUGAUACAAUGACCCUCCUACACACAGUCCACACCACAUUCACUCAGCCCCUCUACGCUGGAGUCUGGAUUUAUAAUUUUGGAUCAUCUGUGAGAUUUUGUGAUCCACAAUAAAGUGAAAGUAGUUCAGAUGAUACAGAAAAGAAUUGUGUUAAGAAUAGAAAUGUGUGUUUAUUCUGGGACACUGUAGGGGGGGAGGGGUUGUUUUUGGGGG